AGAGCUCCCGCGCCGGUGGGAUCUGGGAAUGGUGGCGAUCUCCACCGCGGCCUCUCCGAUCUAGGGUGCCUCGCUCGCACUCCCUCUCUCUCUCUCUGCCUCCGUCACCGGCGUCUGACGGCGGCGCGACAUGGCGGCCAACACCGGGAUGGUCGCGGGCUCGCACAACCGCAACGAGUUCGUCACGAUUCGCCACGACGGCGACGCGCCCGCUCCGGGUAAGCAGCCGAAAGCUACGGCUGUAUGCCAGAUAUGCGGGGACGCCGUGGGGGUCACGGCCACCGGCGAUGUCUUCGUUGCCUGCAACGAGUGCGCCUUCCCGGUCUGCCGCCCUUGCUACGAGUACGAGCGCAAGGAAGGGAACAAGUGCUGCCCUCAGUGCAAGACCAGAUACAAGAGGCUCAAAGGUAGCCCCCGGGUUCAGGGAGAUGAGGAGGAAGAAGACGUCGAUGAUCUCGACAACGAGUUCAACUACAAGCAGGACAACGGCAAAGGUCCAGAGUGGCAGCUCGGCCAAGGAGAAGACCUUGAUCUGUCUUCGUCCUCACGCCAUGAACCGCAUCAUCGCAUUCCUCGCCUCACAAGUGGACACCAGAUCUCUGGAGAGAUCCCUGAUGCUUCCCCUGAUCGCCAUUCUAUCCGCAGCCCAACAUCAAGCUAUGUUGAUCCAAGUGUGCCAGUUCCUGUGAGGAUUGUGGACCCCAACAAGGACUUGAACUCUUAUGGACUCAAUAGUGUUGACUGGAAGGAAAGAGUCGAGAGCUGGAGGGUUAAACAGGACAAGAGUAUGAUGCAGGUGGCCAAUAAUAAGUAUCCAGAUGCAAGAGGAGGUGGAGACAUGGAGGGUACUGGCUCUAAUGGCGAAGAUAUGCAAAUGGUUGAUGAUGCACGUCUACCUAUGAGCCGCAUAGUUCCUAUUCCUUCAAACCAGCUCAACCUUUACCGGAUAGUGAUCAUUCUCCGGCUUAUCAUCCUAUGCUUCUUCUUCCAAUAUCGUGUCUCCCAUCCAGUGCGUGAUGCUUAUGGAUUAUGGCUAGUGUCUGUUAUUUGUGAGAUUUGGUUUGCCUUAUCUUGGCUUCUAGAUCAAUUCCCAAAAUGGUAUCCGAUCAACCGGGAAACAUACCUUGACAGGCUUGCAUUGAGGUAUGAUAGGGAGGGAGAGCCAUCACAGCUGGCUCCGAUUGAUAUCUUUGUCAGUACAGUGGAUCCACUGAAGGAACCUCCCCUGAUCACAGCAAAUACUGUUCUGUCCAUUCUUGCUGUGGAUUACCCUGUUGACAAAGUGUCAUGCUAUGUUUCUGAUGAUGGUUCGGCUAUGUUGUCGUUUGAGUCACUCUCAGAAACUGCAGAAUUCGCUAGGAAGUGGGUUCCCUUCUGCAAGAAGCACAACAUUGAACCAAGGGCUCCAGAGUUUUACUUUGCUCAAAAAAUAGAUUACCUAAAGGACAAAAUCCAGCCUUCUUUUGUUAAAGAAAGACGAUCAAUGAAGAGAGAAUAUGAAGAAUUUAAAAUAAGAAUCAAUGCCCUUGUUGCCAAAGCUCAGAAAGUACCUGAAGAGGGCUGGACCAUGGCUGAUGGCACUGCUUGGCCUGGGAAUAACCCCAGAGACCAUCCUGGAAUGAUUCAGGUGUUCCUGGGGCACAGUGGUGGCCUUGACACUGAGGGAAAUGAGUUGCCACGACUUGUGUACGUCUCUCGUGAAAAGAGGCCAGGCUUCCAGCAUCACAAGAAGGCUGGUGCAAUGAAUGCACUGAUUCGCGUGUCUGCUGUGCUGACAAAUGGUGCCUAUCUACUUAAUGUGGAUUGUGAUCACUACUUCAAUAGCAGCAAAGCUCUUAGAGAAGCAAUGUGCUUCAUGAUGGAUCCUGCACUAGGAAGAAAAACUUGCUAUGUUCAAUUUCCACAAAGAUUUGAUGGCAUUGACUUGCACGAUCGAUAUGCUAAUCGCAACAUAGUCUUCUUUGAUAUCAACAUGAAAGGUUUAGACGGCAUUCAGGGUCCAAUGUAUGUGGGGACAGGAUGCUGUUUCAAUAGGCAGGCCCUGUAUGGAUAUGAUCCUGUAUUAACUGAAGCUGAUUUGGAACCUAACUUUAUUGUUAAGAGCUUCUGCGGUGGCAGAAAGAAGAAGAAUAAGAGUUAUAUGGAUAAUAAAAACCGUAUGAUGAAGAGAACCGAGUCUUCAGCUCCCAUCUUCAACAUGGAAGAUAUAGAAGAGGGCAUUGAAGGUUAUGAGGAUGAAAGAUCGAUGCUUAUGUCACAGAAGAAAUUGGAGAAACGCUUUGGUCAGUCUCCAAUAUUUACGGCAUCCACCUUCAUGACUCAAGGAGGUAUACCACCUUCAACAAACCCAGCAUCCCUACUAAAGGAAGCCAUCCAUGUCAUCAGCUGUGGAUAUGAGGACAAGACCGAAUGGGGGAAAGAGAUUGGCUGGAUCUAUGGUUCAGUUACUGAGGAUAUUCUUACUGGGUUUAAAAUGCACACCAGAGGCUGGAUAUCAAUCUACUGCAUGCCAUCACGGCCUUGUUUCAAGGGUUCUGCGCCAAUCAAUCUUUCUGACCGUCUUAAUCAAGUGCUCCGUUGGGCUCUUGGGUCAGUUGAAAUUCUGUUUAGCAGACAUUGUCCUAUUUGGUAUAAUUAUGGUGGGCGGUUGAAACUUCUGGAGAGAUUUGCUUACAUCAACACCAUUGUUUAUCCAAUAACAUCCCUUCCACUUAUCGCCUAUUGUGUGCUUCCUGCUAUCUGUCUCCUCACCAACAAAUUUAUCAUUCCUGAGAUCAGUAAUUAUGCUGGGCUGUUCUUUAUUCUCAUGUUUGCGUCCAUUAUGGCCACCGGUAUAUUGGAGCUCCAGUGGAGUGGUGUUGGCAUUGAGGAUUGGUGGAGAAACGAGCAGUUCUGGGUUAUUGGUGGCACAUCUGCCCAUUUAUUCGCGGUGUUCCAGGGUCUGCUCAAAGUGUUGGCCGGGAUUGACACCAACUUCACGGUUACCUCCAAGGCAAACGAUGAGGAUGGUGACUUUGCUGAGCUAUAUGUGUUCAAGUGGACCAGUCUCCUCAUCCCUCCUACCACCGUCCUGGUGAUUAACCUGGUGGGCAUGGUGGCCGGUAUAUCAUACGCCAUCAACAGCGGUUACCAAUCUUGGGGUCCACUUUUUGGAAAGCUCUUCUUCUCCAUCUGGGUGAUCCUCCAUCUCUACCCCUUCCUCAAGGGUCUCAUGGGAAAGCAGAACCGCACGCCGACUAUCGUCAUUGUUUGGUCCAUUCUGCUUGCGUCCAUCUUCUCCCUCUUGUGGGUGAAGAUCGACCCUUUCAUCUCCGACACCCAGAAAGCCGUCGCCUUGGGGCAGUGCGGCGUCAACUGCUGAUCGGCAUUGAAGAGAUUCACUUGAUAUCUGCCCCCCUCGUGUAAAUACCGGAGGGGGUUAGAUGGGAUUUUUUGUUGUAGAUGAAGACGAGUUUAUCUGAAUUAUGCCCAUGUUUGUUAGUAUCCUUGUCGCCCCUGCUGCUGAGAACCACAAACCGUGAAGACUCCACGAAACCUGCAGCGGACAUUGUGAAUUCUUUUUUCCAUUUGUGAUACCUGAUGUUUGUUGCUUAGAGUAUAUUAUUCGAAGAGAACAUAUUUAUACAAACCAACUAUUUAUAUAAGGCAGCUGUUGCAUCAACUCUU